UCUAUCCUCUCUUGCUUUCUCUCCGUCACACGCUCAUCGGAAUCUCAAUCUCCGGUCAACUCGCCGUCGCACAAAUCCUUCAAUUAUUUUCUCAAACAAUCACUCCUUUAUCAUCCCAUCGAAAAGCGCAGAAAGCAAGUAAAAUGCACUGAACUUAAAGUUUUGCUGCAGCAGGCAGAGGGAGAGGGAGAGAGGACAGGCCAGCCUUCAGCUUCAGACAUCACUUCUCUCUUUUCCCUAUCAAUCACACCCUAAAGAAAAAACAAAUCAAAAGGGAGGCAUAUUCCCAGUCCAACCACAAUCAAAGUUUCCUCCGGUCAGAGUUAGUAAUGGCAUAUCCGUUUGUGUGAGACUGAGAACGUUCUGCACAUCUAGGCAGAGGCUGAGACCAGGAACAAUUUGUUUGAAUUCCUCAGAGAGAAAGCAGAAGGGAGGAGGACUGGAGGAGGCUGAGUUGGCUCACAUAACAUUAAAAGCAGAGAGGUCAUAGUUCGCUAGCUGCUCACAACACAGCAAAACACAUAGCUAGCGUAAAGCACAAGGUGGAACAAUUUUACGGCACCGGUCUAUCUAGUUGAUCGCUUUUACAAGUUCUAGACUCUAUUUUUGGUUCUUCAUGUCAAACUAUGAGAUUUUCCCCUUGGGUUUUGGAUAAUGCUUGCUGAGUUUUACACACCCUGGACAAAGGGAAAACGUAUGAAUAAAGAUGCGUAUACGUAUAUAUUAUUUGAUAUCAAUAAAGAUAUCCUUGUUUAUAUACAAAUCCAUGAAACGGAUCGCGAGAACAAUCCAUUGAACGAGGCAAUGAAAGAACUACCCUGUCAAAAUGAAGGAGCCAGAAGAAGAUCAAGUUAAAUCCAGAAAACCUGUGCAGAAACACACGGAUCGUAGAAGAAGAGGAAGGAGAAGAAGCCAUUGCAAACCAGAGAUAUUAAAAGAAAAAGGGGUUGAUUUAGAACUGAAUCCUUCUUCUGCUUCUUGCAAUAACCUUGAGUUCACCCAUAGGCCUGGCUAUGGCCAGCUGGGGACAAAGUGUGUGGUCAAAGCUAACCACUUUCUCGCAGAUAUAUCAGCAUCUGACUUGAGUCAUUACAGUGUUAAGAUAACACCUGAAGUUACUUCUCGUAAAAUUAGCAAAGCUAUCAUUGCUGAGUUGGUGAGACUUCAUAGAAAUACAGACUUGGGUAUGAGGCUUCCCGUUUAUGAUGGAGGAAGGAAUCUUUACACUGCUGGUUUGCUUCCUUUUACACAAACAGAAUUUACCAUAACAUUGACCGAAGAAGAUGAGGGUACUGGCAAUACCUGGGAAAAAGAGUUUAGAGUGAGAAUCAAGUUCGCAACUCGUGUUAGCUUGCAUCAGUUACGGGAGCUUCUAAAUGGGAAACAAGUGAAAACCCCACAAGAAGCACUUAACAUCAUUGAUAUUGUAUUAAGAGAGCUUGCGGCUCAAAGCUACGUACCGGUUGGAAGGUUUCUCUAUUCUGCCGAUAUAAAAAAACCACAACAGCUAGGUGGUGGUUUGGAAUCAUGGCGCGGUUUCUAUCAAAGUAUAAGGCCUACUCAGAUGGGAUUGUCGCUUAACAUUGACAUGUCAUCAAUGGCGUUUAUUGAACCACUCCCUGUCAUUGAUUUUGUUGCUCAAAUUCUGGGUAAAGAUGUGCAUUCAAAACCAUUGUCAGAUGCAGAUCGUGUCAAGAUUAAAAAAGCCUUAAGAGGUGUGAAAGUUGAAGUUACUCACAGGGGAAAUGUUCGAAGGAAGUACAGGAUAUCAGGACUCACGUCACAGCCUACCAGAGAGCUUAUAUUCCCUCUUGAUGAUCAAAUGAACAUGAAAUCAGUAGUUGAUUACUUCCGAGAGAUGUACGGGUAUACAAUUAAGUAUUCUCAUCUACCAUGCCUGCAAGUAGGGAACGAAAAGAAGGUCAAUUAUUUGCCAAUGGAGGCAAGUCAUGUGAGUCUUUGCCAGGCAUGCAAGAUUGUUGGGGGCCAGAGAUAUACAAAAGGGCUAAAUGAGAAGCAAAUAACUUCUCUGCUUAAAGUUUCAUGUCAAAGACCCCGUGAACAAGAGCUAGACAUUCUACAGACUGUUGAACAAAAUGAUUUUGAAAAUAAUCCCUACGCAAAGGAGUUUGGUAUCAGCAUAGACGACAAGCUUGCAUCUGUUGAAGCUCGGGUUCUGCCUGCUCCAUGGUUGAAAUAUCAUGAUACGGGAAGGGAGAGAGAGUACUUGCCACAAGUUGGUCAGUGGAAUAUGAUGAACAAGAAAGUUAUAAAUGGAAGCAUAGUGAGAUAUUGGGCAUGUAUCAAUUUCUCACGUAGUGUUCAAGAAAGCACAGUUCGUGGUUUUUGCCAACAAUUGGUUCAGAUGUGCCAAAUCUCAGGCAUGGAAUUCAUUCAGGACCCAGUAAUUCCAAUAUAUGCAGCAAGACCAGAUCAGGUCAAAAAGGCCUUGAAGUACGUACACUCUACUGCUUUGGACAAGCUUGUGGGAAAAGAGCUAGAGUUGCUUAUUGCCAUUCUUCCAGACAAUAAUGGCUCUCUUUACGGUGAUCUCAAAAGAAUUUGUGAAACAGAUCUGGGGUUGAUUUCUCAGUGCUGCCUCACAAAACACGUCUUCAAGAUUAAUAGACAGUACUUAGCAAAUGUGGCACUUAAAAUCAAUGUUAAGAUGGGAGGAAGAAACACAGUACUCUUGGAUGCAUUGAGUUGGAGGAUUCCAUUGGUUAGUGACAUUCCAACAAUAAUAUUUGGAGCUGAUGUAACUCAUCCAGAAUCUGGAGAGGAUUCUUCUCCAUCCAUUGCUGCUGUUGUAGCCUCACAGGACUGGCCUGAAGUAACAAAGUAUGCAGGACUUGUGUGUGCUCAGCCUCAUCGUGAAGAACUCAUUCAAGACCUUUUCAAGUGUUGGAAAGAUCCUGAGCACGGCAUAGUUUAUGGCGGCAUGAUCAGAGAGCUCUUACUCUCAUUUAAGAAGGCAACUGGACAAAAACCAUUGAGGAUAAUAUUUUACAGGGACGGGGUAAGUGAAGGACAAUUCUACCAGGUUUUGUUGUACGAGCUUGAUGCGAUACGCAAGGCUUGUGCAUCACUGGAACCUAGUUACCAGCCUCCAGUAACAUUCGUUGUGGUUCAAAAGCGGCAUCACACUAGACUCUUCUCAAGCAAUCAUGAUGACAGAAAUAGCACUGACAGGAGCGGCAACAUCUUACCAGGCACUGUGGUGGAUUCUAAGAUCUGUCAUCCAACAGAAUUUGAUUUUUAUUUAUGCAGUCAUGCAGGAAUACAGGGCACAAGUAGACCAGCUCACUAUCAUGUCCUCUGGGACGAGAACAAAUUCACUGCAGAUGAGAUUCAAUCUUUAACCAACAACUUAUGCUACACGUAUGCAAGAUGCACAAGAUCUGUUUCAGUAGUGCCUCCAGCAUACUAUGCUCAUCUGGCAGCUUACAGAGCUCGAUUCUACAUGGAACCUGAUGUGCAUGAGAAUGCUAAAGCACGGAAUGGAAGAUCAAAGGACGGGUCGGUUCGGCCACUGCCAGCUCUGAAAGAGAAGGUGAAGAAUGUAAUGUUUUACUGUUGAAACCAGGGCAAGGCCAAACAAAGACUCUUCAAGUAGAGGAUAGGUCUAGAGAGAGAGAAUGGAGGUGAAAUGAAAUUGUUGUACAUGUACAACCCUGUUCAUAUUGUAACUUAUUUUUCCUGCAUGCAAAAAUUUUGACAGUUCUUUGACUGUUUGUUUCCUCAGUGCAAUGCUUGGGCAAAAUUUUGAAGUUCA